UCCAAGCCGAUCCGCCAUCUCACCUUUUGCUGUGAGGAUUCAGACUGACCCGUUGAGUUACUAACUUCGCAACUUUGAGCGCUUUAGGUAUAAACCAGUAUCUUGGUUUUUGCACUCGAGAGUUGCAGUCCCGCCCCUUUCCGGGAAAAUGCUGGGUUUCACUUUCAGUCGAGCUGUUCCGCUCCACAUCCCCGCAGUGAGCGAGGCGGCGCUGAAACAGCCUGAUCCCGGAUCGGGACGGUAGCGCAGUCGGAAUAACAUGGCCCAGUCAGUGCUGCCCAAGUACUUCAGCGACACGGAGACGAGGAGCCUGCAGACCGGGUACAGUAACGGAGAUGUGGUGUCAGUGAUACUGCGGAUAAAGCGGGUGGAGGAUUCGGGCAAUGUGCUGAUUAACAUCGCAGUGUUGGGAGACGGCGGGGCCGGCAAAUCCACCUUCAUCAACACCAUGAGGGGUGUCCGCAGUGGCGACCAGGGAGCAGCUCCGGUGGGGGGUUAUGAAGCCAGUGUGAAUCCAGUGGGAUAUCCCUACCCCUCUCUGCCCAAUGUCCAGCUCUGGGAUCUGCCCGGAUCCAACUCACUCGGCUUUGAGAUGAGCCGCUACCUGAAGCAGGUGCAGUUUGAAAGCUAUGACUUUUACAUCAUCGUGUCCCAGUCCCGCUUCAGAGAGAGUGACGGGGAACUCAGCAAAAAGAUUCAGCAACAGGGGAAAGGUUUCUACUACAUCCGCUCCAAGAUCGACAACGACGCCUAUUCCAUGCAGAUGCAGGGCACUGACUUCGGGGAAGGGCAGCGACAGAUCCGCCAAGAUUGUCUCGACAACUUCCAUCGGGUCAGCGUUGAACCACCGGCCAUUUUCCUGAUCUCCGGUCUGGAGGUGACAGGAUAUGAUUUUCCCAAAUUACAAUCUGCCCUCGCCAGUGAUCUCCCGAAGAUAAAAUCAACCGCCUACCGUCUGGCAAUCCCAAGGAUGAUGCAGGAAAUACAGAGGCCCAGACGCCAGAUACUGAUGUGGUGUAUCAUACUCUGGGCCUUCCUCUCCGGGGCACUGGGAGUGUUGCGACUCCCGACCUUGCCUCUCCUCACUGCCACUCUGUGCACGGUCUCCGGGUGGAUAUAUCUCCGGAGACAGCUGGGCGUCAGUGAGCGGGAGCUAGGAAUCCUGUCCGGGGCAGUGGCCAAGCCCGUGUCACUACUGAAAGCCGACAUGGACCGACCCUCGCCACACAAGCUUCAACUAUUGGUUCCAAAAGCAUUGUUGUUGGUUGUCAUUGUGGCCUUUACAGUCGUUGGGUUGACGGGCACCUUCCCCCCAGUGCUGCUCAUUGUCUGUGGCGCAGUGUCCUCUCUUGCUUUUACCCUGCUGGUUCUGAUGUGUUCUCUGGAUGACCGGUUGCGAUCUGUACAGAACCUGGCAGGUGCGCUCUUUGACGAGACGGGGGUGACGGUGUAUAGGUCGGUGGCUGUCAGUACAGCUUGA